ACGGGCGGUCGACCGGCAGCCACCGAGCGCGGACCCGUGGCACACCGGUCGCGUUUGCUAAUCGUUAAACAACGCCUGCUCGCAUGCACCCGCGUUAUCGUCUGUCGCUAUCAUCGUCGUCGUCUGUCGUCGUCGUCGUCGUCGUCGUCGUCGUCGUCACCGGGUCGUAACCGGCCCCAACGCGUGCCACCACCACCACCACCGCCGACGUUUAACUCGCUUACAGUCACCGUAACCGUACGAUUCGGCCAACGCUUCGACCCCCGGGGGCACAUGGACACUCGCGUUGCGCACACGUGUUAACCCUGACCGCGCUCAACAGCUAACGACCGUCGUCGCAGCAGCAACCGCGACGGCACCAGCAACAGCAGCAGCAGAAGCAGCAGCAGCAGCAGUAUCAGUUGAUAAGACGAGUACGACACGUUCGCGCGCGAUCCGUUAUCCGCGGCCGAGUCGAAAACAAUAAUCGUAUUGAAAAUAAUUAAGAAAAAUAAAAAAAAAAAGUCGUAAAAACAGCAAACGUUUGUUAAUAAACAAUUUUUGUUUAUCGCUUCUCGUAGUCGUCCGUCGAAGGGAACAAAAAAUAAAAAACAAUAAUCGUUAUUAUUUCACUGUUAUCGUUUCCGUUUUAACGUUCCGCCGUCGUCGAUCCGUUCGGAACGAUUCAAAAUCGUAUUAACACGUCUUCGUAUCAUUCGUAACGUUAUUUUGAAAUACACCGGAGGAGUGGAAAAUUUGCCGCGAUGCAAUUUUUGACCGGUACAUCGCAGUCGGGUGCCGGCGGUGGCGGUAUGUUCGGCGGCGCCGAUGGCGCGGAGCUGUACGCGGCCACGGCGUCGGCGCCUGACCAUUACUUUUGCCAGCGAAUGUUGUACGCGAUGCAGUUCGAUUCGGUGGCCGCGGCCGGCGCCGGUAUGUGUUCGCCGCUGUUAUCGUCGUCGUCGUCGUCGUCGCCGCCGCCACCGCUGCCGCCUCCGUCGUCGUCGUCGUCGUCGUCACCCUCGUCGACAUCGUCGUCGUCCUCGUCGCCUUUAUCUUCGUUGUCGUUAUCGUCGCCGUUAUCGUUGGCGGUACCGCCGUCGAUCGGCGGUCGUUGCUUUCCGACAGCCGUAGUCGCCGGCGAAGUGAAAAUGAUGGACGCGUGCCCGACAUCGUCGGCCAACGGCGAUCACCAUAAUUUACACCAUCCCCAGCAGCAGCAGCAACAGCAACAAAAACAACAACACGCGGCCGAGAACAGGAAACGUCCGUUACAAGACACGCUGGACGUUGCCAACGUCAAGAGAACGCAUAGCUCACCCGUUACAGGAAAUUCAGAUGGAAUGUAUCAUAUGAAAAUUUUAAUUCCUUGUAUUACCGCUGGUGCUAUCAUAGGAAAAGGUGGAGAAACCAUCGCACAACUACAAACAGAGACUAAUACAAAAAUUAAAAUGUCAAAAACAAAUGAUUUUUAUCCUGGUACUACCGAAAGAGUUUGUAUUAUAUCCGGAUCUUGUUCCGAUCACAUAAUGGCCGCGUUAACGUUCAUCAUGGAACGAAUUCGGGAAAAACCAGAGGCAGCAAAUAGGGUACAAAAUUCUGCUGAUGCAAUUGCAGACCGAGAAAAACAGGUAAAGAUUCUGAUACCUAACUCGACGGCGGGUAUGAUCAUCGGAAAGGCUGGGGCGUAUAUUAAACAGUUGAAAGAAGACAGCGGUUGCUUUGUACAGAUAUCGCAAAAAGCAAAAGAUACGACUCUUCAAGAACGGUGUAUCACUGUCUCAGGUGACAUGGAAGGAAACAAAAAAGUGUGCUCUUGUAUAUUAAAUAAAAUAAUUGAAGAUCCAUUAAGCGCAUCCUGUCCGAAUUUAAGUUAUGCCGAUGUAAAUGGGCCUGUGGCGAAUUUCAAUCCAACAGGAUCACCAUACGCCCUGUCUACAACUAAUUGCUCUAACAAUCAGACCAGCUACAACUUAAAUACGUCAUUAUCUACACAGGAUGUCAGUAAUGGGAUAUUCACUAAUAAAUUCUUAGAUAACGUAAAGCCAUUAUUAAGGUCUAGCGGGUAUCCUGAAACGGCCGUUAACGAAAUAGCCGUUGCCUUCUUGACAUUAGCCAAGCACAACGUGCUAAGCCCGAACACCAUCGUCGGGCUGAUCAACCAGACGAGCAUGUUGCAGCCAGCGCCGCCGUCGGUGCAGCACCACAACGGCACCGGGCUGCUGAGCACCGUGACCAACGACCUGUUCGACUUGGGCCUAGCGGGCGGCGCGAUAUCGAUCAACGCGAUCCUGUCGCAGAACGCGGGCAGCCCGACGCUGUCGAAUGCCAACUCGUAUGGGCUAGGCGUGGCGGCCGCCGCAGCUGCGGCCACACCAAAGGCGAUCGGGCCCGCGGCCGCGGCUGCGGCCGCUGCCGCCGCGCUGUUCGAGAUGACCACGGACGACCAGCAGUCGGUGAAGCGCGAGAUGGACGUGCCCGAGUCCAUCGUGGGUGCGAUCAUCGGCCCGGGCGGCCGGUCGCUGGUCGAGAUCCAGCAGAUGAGCGGCGUCACUAUUCACAUAUCCAAGAAAGGCGUGUACGCGCCCGGCACCACCAACCGAAAGGUGACCAUAUGCGGGUCGGCCAGCGGCAUAGCGAUGGCCAACUACCUGAUGCAGCAGCGGAUCGUGGACGAGGAGACCAAGCGGGCCAGGGCGUUCUAAUGCGCGUGCGGACCACGUGGUGCCGGACGUGCGCGCGUGUUGCGUCGUGGCGGUGAUUACGCACACCAUUUCGUCCGCAUAGUCACUCGUUAAGUAUUAUCAAACACCAUACCGCAUACGCUCUCCUCGAAUUCCACAUGGUCGCUUUUUCCUCCACCCCUGUUCACGAUCACCGUCCGCGCGAUGGUCGUCGCGACGCCCGACCAUACCGGCGGAUGUUCAAUUUUUUUUUUAUUGUUCUAAUGGUUUUUUUUUUCUAAAGCGUUCACACCGUCUACGGAUUUAUAACUAUUUUUGUUUUAAUUAUUAUUAUUAUUAUUAUUACUUUCAUUAUUAUUAUAUAUCCGUACACGUUCUCGGGCGUAUAUAUCGAAAAUGGCAACGGGCUUUAUUUACCAUAAUUUUAAUUUAAUUUUUUUUUUCUCUCUCUCUCCGUUUAAGGUUAUAAUAUUUGUCAUUCUAUCGAUACGGGUGCUUUGAACAAACAUCAUCCCAUUCUUUCGCUGCGUACCGGAUGAUCCCUGUGCCCGGUAGUUCACGGUACACGGGUGGCUCGGGUGAUCGUAUUUCGUCAACGGAUACCGUUUCUCUCCUUCCACCUCCCUCGUGCGUGCUUAUCCCCCAGCGAACCCGAAACAUCCCCCGAUCGGCGUCCUCCGUGGUGCAUACCGGGGACCGCCGGACGGUUCUACGGCUUAUGUAACUUUUCAGUACAAAUGCGGGAUGAUUCCGACGUUCACGUUCCGGGAUGGCGCUUAUGCAUGCUGCUUCCCUCCGUCGACCGAUUCGAGUCGACCGAGAAACCGCUUGGGGUCGCGCGUCCCGGACGUCGUUUUCGCUCGGUGUUCAUUUUUCCAUUUAAAUGCAGGAGAAGAAACGUUUCGUCGCAUCUUAUUGUUAUUAAGUGUUGUUUGCAUAAGACGUAAUACGAUUUCGAUUAGGAGAUGGUUCCGUUUGUUCUGUAUUCGUAAGUACCACGGGAAAUCGUAUCAUUCGAAAACAUUGAGUAGCCCCAUUGACGACCAAACUAUGUUACCAUGAUAUAUGUAUUUAUGACUUAUACUAUUCAUAAAAAAAAUCCUAUUAUAUAUAUAAUGAUUAUGUAUGUGCAGGGUGGGCCGCGGCAUUAUCCCGUUUCCCGUUAAGCAGCUUAUCGAUAAACGUGCCCCGUCCUGUGUAAUACGAAUUGUCUGUUGCAAUAUUCCAAUUUUUCAUUUCAUCGAGUUUGCAACGCGUAAGACUGAGUCAAUAACAACACGAACUAAUUAGCACAGCAAACCAAAUUAUUAUAUGACGUUCAUGCACAUUAAUUUCUGACCGAUAGUGUUCUUAAUGAAUUUCCUACGUGAAUUUUUUUCGUCCCGAUAAUAACGUACGAAAGCGCACGGAUGCUCUGGUAGCGUACCUAAAAUAUAAGUGAUAUGUUUUUUUUUUUUUUUUUGGAACAGGGUAUUAAUGAAUGAAUUGACGGGACAGAUCGAGUCGAACGUACGCGGUACACGGGUAAAUACUUUGUUACACAUCACUAAUCGUGUUUUACUCGUGUACACCAAUAAUCGUCACUUCGGAGAGGGGGUAAUUAAGAGAUCUUAUUCUUCAUAAACUAAUCAUGCAUCUAUUCCGUGUGCAUAUAAGUAUAAGGAUUAAACGCAUAUAUAUAUAUUUAGUUGCAUUUACAUUAUUUUAUUUCUAAAUUUAUUAUAAUUUCAUUUCACACACAUAUACACACAUUUCGCGGAAUCAUUUAUUGAGGAAAAACAAUCCAGCUUAUCGAAGAAAUAAAUAAAUGUAUCUAUAUUUUUGAAAAGUAAAUUGCUCAACAAAUCCUAACAAAUCGUAUAGCUGAUAACUACGGACAAAAACUAUUUAAUAUACUAUCUAUUGUUACCUCUGUGACGAUGAUGGCUAUUUGUUUAAUUUAUUUGUUUUUAUUAUUAUUUAAUUUUUAAUUUUUAACUGAACAAUGUAAUAUAAUAAUAGAGUUAUAUUUCAAAACGUAUUGGUGCUUUUUAAAAAUAAUAAUUCGUUCAUGUGAGUAUAAUAUUAUAACCCUUAUGUAAUCACAUGUAGGGGACCGGUAGUAAAAUUUAAUAAAAAGUGCUUUUUUUUGACCCAAAUCGUUUUCGAUUUCAAUGACAACCGAUCUGGCCUUUUCAUUAAAUAUUUGUCUGAUAUAUUUAUAAUUAGUGUUCAAUCAGCCUAUGUUGUGUGUUUAUAAAAUGUUCGUUUAUCUUUAUUCUACAAUCCGUCCUGAAAUAACCGUUAUUCAAUGGUUUAUAUGACUACUUUAUCAUUUCAUUUUAUGAAUUAUAGUGUAAGGGUCAUUAGGUGACACGUAUGUAUCUAAUAUCGUUCAAAAAAAAAUUUUUACCCUAAUGAACUAAUACACUGUGCCAUAAAUUCGAUCUCAGUGACAUUUAAAUAAACUAUUUAUUGAUCUGAAUAUUAAACCUUAAAAAAAAAUUAAUGUCAAUCUUUCCAUACUUGUACUCAUUUUUUUUUUUUUUUUAACUACAUUAAAUAUAAGAAUUUCAAUUUUAUGUGUGUAAUUAAGUCUUUAGUGUAUUUUAUUGUCACUAUUGAUCACGUAUAAAGGUUAGUGAUAUUAACGAAGAAUAAUUAUAAAUGACCGAUUGUAAAUUCAGGAUUAGAAAUUUUCAUUUUAAUUUCUUGGGGUUGUAGUUACGUAGAACGUUCACGGUAAACGUAAUAUUAAUUUAUAGGGUUGUAGAAAUUACUUAAUGAGUUCAAAUACAGAAUGACAAUUUUUAACUAGAUUAUAAAAUUAAUUUAUCAAUGUAAUUUUAAUACAAGGGCUAUUAAAAUGUUUAAUUAUAGAAGCAUUUUAAAAUUCAAAUACAUUAUAUAAAUAAAUAUUUUGAUUUCGGGAUGACACUGUAUUUCGGCAAUCAACAUAAAAUAAUAUCUAAAACAAAUGAAAACUUUUUUACCGGUUAACGAACAUAUCACCCAUUAUAUAAAUUAAUAAAUAUUGUGUAUACAUAUACACAUUGACCAUGCAUACCAGAAUACAUUAUAUACUUACCAUUUUUUCAAAAUCCUUGUGUUUUUUAUUUUUAUUUUUUUAUUUAUAUCUAUAACUCAUUUGUCAUCAUUCCAUAACUCAUUUUCACACGUUUAAAACAAAGAAAAUGUGAUAUUUAAAUUUAAUAAACUGUAUAAUUUUAUUGUAUACAAUAUACAUUGUUUAUCCUAAAUGUAGGCACGUAGCUGUUGAAAAAUUCCAAGCUAAAACACUCCUACGUUACAAAAAAAAUAAGAUCUUUACUCAGUAUGUUAAGAUAAUAUAAAUGUGUAAUUGUUUUAUGUUUUAAGUUUUUAUUUAAGGGAAAUUAUUAUGUCAAACAUUAAUGGAAUUGGUAUAGAAAUAAAAAUGUAUUGUGUUGUUACGGUAAA